GAGGUCCGAAGUAUCAUGACGACGCCGAGGAGGUCGCGGACGCUUGUGGGUCGCUGGCAGCGCGUGCAGAAGGCCCCGCCAAUAACUUCGUGGAGCUGACCUGUUCGCAGUGUUUCCAGAAGAACUCGUUCGACAAGGACGAUCUAGAGGACUUCGGGUCGCUGCCGUGCAGUUCGUGCCGGGCCGCAGUCUACCCCCCCAUCGUCGUGCCAGACGAGCCGCCGCGGCGUAAGCAAGGCUCUGGACCGAGCGCCCGAGUCGCCGCUGCCCCGAUCGUGGUGACCGAGUCGCCGCCCAGGCAGCAGAGCCCCCCCUGCGUGCUGCCUACCGAAGUGUCACCUUGCUCGCCGAUCAAGCGCACCAUGCCGAGCUUGGCGGCGGCCCUCUGCGGCGCGGUGCGCGUCAGCUCCGAGGUCGCCCAGCCGGAGACCGAGAAGGAUGGCGACGCGGUGCUGGGCGGCGAGGUCUCCCCUGGCGCGGGCGCCCAGGACCAGGACGGCCAGCGCUUUGACUUGAGGCUAAUGGUGGAGCGGUGGCACGACGCCAUGCGAGCCGACGUCGAGGUCCAGUUCAUUCAGGCGAUCCGCGAGUUGGAGAGGAUAUCGCCCUUACCUCGUUGGGCGUUGUGCGCCGGGUGCGGCGUUGCCAAGUUGUUUUUCAACGUGCUAAGCGACGUCUGGAAGGACAGGUACGGCGUGAAUGUGUCUUUCCAGCACGUGCUGGACUGCGAGCGGAACUCUGAUAAGCAGGAGUUCCUCCGCCGCCAGCACAACCCGCAGUUCUUGGUGUCCGAUAUGGCGGAGCUCGACUCGGACUCUGCCAUCAACCAGAACACUGUCCAGGACCGCCUUGACUUCGAGCUUCUGCCCUAUGCCAUCAUGCUGGAUUGCGGGGUCACGUGCACGAGCAGGACGCCUCUGUCUUCCUCUCAUGCACAGAACGUCAAUUGCGUCCAACAGGGGACGGCGGCAACUGGGCAGUCCUUCGCGAUGGCAGCCGCUGCGAUUCGCAAGCACAACCCAGUCUUGGUCUCGCUGGAGUGCGUCAAGGAGCUGGCGGCGCAGACUGAGGGGACGGAUGAGUCAGAUUCGGAGUUCAUGAUCCGAGAGCUCGAGUCCAUGGGGUACUGGGCGCACGCAGCUAUAGUUGACGCAACUGACUGGGGGUCGUUCCCCAACCGCAUCAGAUCUUAUUGGGCCGCCAUCAAGAUCUCUGAAGCGCCCAGCUUUCUCCCGGAGUUCUUCAACAUGAUACUGGUGGGCACCAAGCAGUCGGCGCGAAUAAUGAGGAGCGAAUGCGUCACUCUAGAUGAUGAUUGCCGUCGGGCCGAGGCCAUGCGGAUGCAUCUUCCCCUUCUCGCUGAUCUGGGACCUCGCGAGUCGAAGAGCCUCAAGGACGACCCCACUUGGAAGGCCGAACACAAGGUACUGUGGGAUCGAUUUGCUGCCGAAUUGCCAUGCUCUUGGCCAAUGGAGUACUCUAGCCUGGCCUCGUCUCCGGACCCCCUGGACCUGCGGCAGGACGGCUUGCUACCGCGGGAGCGCGAGGUAGCAGUGCUGUGCCAUUACUUGUUUGAGGCCGAGUCCGACGUGGAGUUCAUGGACUCGAACCUCAGCGCCCCCAGGCUCAUCGAGCGCAACUUGUCCGAGUCAGGGCCAAAGUCGUCGCCGUGGAAGCCGUCGCCUCCCACGUUGGUCGGCUCCAGUAAGAUGGUGGUUCGAUGGAUCCGCCCUGGUAAGCCGCCCGUUCUCAGGGCGUUGGAGUGCUUCGAGCUCGCCCGGAUGAUUGGUUGGCCCGACGACUGCUGGAAGCAAAUCCGCCCCGAUGAUAUGUCUCACGCGUUCGUCGAGCUCGUGUCGAACAUGUGCGGGAACGCCUACUCCUUGUUCCAGUUCGGCCCCUGGAACAUCGCCCUCCUGGCCACCUACGGCAUGGCCCUGCGCCGCGCGGGUAGCAACGGAGACGCUGGCAAGGAUGAGAUUGUCAGCAGCCAGGAGGAAGUCCUUUCGAGUGACUCGGACUGA